AUGGACGAAGACGACUCCCUCGCAAUCGACCCCGAAAUGGCAGCCUUCAUGGGCUUCGCCUCCUUCGGGACCCAACCGGCUGCCAAGAAGCGCAAAUACAACCACCGCACCGACGCCGUCUCCUCCGCGACCGGCGCGAACCAGACCGCCCUCGCCCCUCGCGCUCCACGCCCCGCUCCGUCGACGACGACCGAGAUUGCUGCUGAUCCCGCCGCCAACGCUGAUGAGAUAGCCCUCAACGAUGACGACGAAGACGACGGAACCGUUGCUGCGGUUGCCGCUGGUACUGCCGCCGGAGAAGACGUGGACGCAGAGGAAGGCGGCGCAAAUCUCUACACAGACCCAACCGUCGCUCCCGCACUCGCCCACGCGCAAAGUCUGAUAGACGAACUCGCCAAUCGGGGCGCGGCACCAGAAGACGGAACCUCGGCACCGCAAGCGCAGAGCACAACUUCAUCCCUUCCAACAUCAUCGGCUCUGCCCCAGCGGCCCGACGCGUCGUGGGGCAAGGAAAUGGGCUCCGCUCCGACGACGAUGCCGACGAGGGAACGCUCGGAACAGCACCAGCACCAGCAUCAGCACCAGCACCAGCGUGGCGGUCGCCAGGGGUACCAGCAGCAACAGAGGAAUGAUGGCAAGCCUUGGUGGGAGGGCUACUACGACCCCGCGUCGAAUGAGAACCCAUGGGAGAAGCUUGAGAAGAAGGCUGGGGUUCUGUCCAAGGGAACAUGGGUCGCGAGGGGUGCCCAAGCUCAGACGGCUUGA